ACACAUAACAAUAAAUUCCAUUCAAAAAUCUGUUCAAAAAUUUGACAAGUGCCUUUUUCUCGGAAACAUUGGACAAUAAAACACAUCAACCGGAACAAUUCAGCAUCGUCAUUAAUCAAUAAUUCAAUCUAUAAACUGAAGGAGAAAUCAUUUUUAAGUGUGUGAAGAACGAUAAACAAAGUACACGAAAUGGGACGAAAAAGAAGUCAUAAAGCAUUAAAUGAGGAGGAUGGUUCGGAAGGGACGGGAUCAGGCUCGGAUAGACAGGACAGACCAUCAGGAUGUGUCCAACAGGUUAAAAAGUUGGUCGGAAUGUAUACCCCGAAUAGAAAGGGAGCCAUAAGUAACCUAUCUAUCGCAAAAACACCCGGGUCUGCGAUCUCUCGGAGAAUGGGUCCUCCUCGAAAUUUUCCAUCCACGCCCAAAUCGGGUCUCCGCUCUGGACCACUUUUUACGGCGAUAAAACAAGAACAAGACCCAAUUCAAGUCUAUUGUCGCGUCAAACCGUUGGAGGUUGGAGAUGGAUGUCUCGAAAUUAGGAAUGACACAGAGAUUGCGCUCCUUCCGCCAGACAAUCCGGUCUACUGGAGGCAAAACCAGGCCAAGGAAGGACAUUAUACUUUCUCCAGAAUUUUUCAUGAAACCAUGACGCAAGCAGAAGUCUUUGAGGAGGUAGCUCUUCCUAUGGUGGCGGAUUUCAUCCAAGGCAAGAAUGCCCUCUUAUUCGCUUAUGGGGUGACCGGGUCCGGAAAAACGUACACCAUGAGUGGAACUGCAAGAGAGUGUGGAAUCAUGCCGAGAUGUUUAGAUGUUAUUUUUAAUUCGAUUGAUGCUUAUAAGGCUACAAAAUUCGUAUUCAAAUCUGAUCGUCUUAACGGAUUUGAAAGCCAGUCUAAGGCUGAUGCUAUGCGCGAGAGACAGAAGGAAAUUAAUGAGAAAAUAAAGGAAUCCGGACGGAUUGGGACUCCACGAACCAGGGCAAGAAAUCAUGCCAAUGAUAUUGACAACUUUACACAUCGUAAAAAGGAUGAAACUUCUGUCCCUGUGAAAGCAACUGAUUGUUUUUACUCCGUUUUCAUAACGCACAUUGAAAUCUACAACAAUCUAGUAUAUGAUUUAUUGGAUGAGACUCCGAUCGACACAGGGAAAAAGAUUGCUCUCCAGUCGAAAAUGUUGAGGGAAGGGAGCAACCGAAACGUGUAUGUGAAUGGUGUGACCGAAGUGGAAGUGGAGUCGCCAGAAGAAGCCGUGGAAGUAUUUCAGAGAGGGCUAAGACGGAGACGGAUUGCUCAUACCGCGUUGAACACGGAGAGUAGCAGAAGUCAUUCGAUUUUCAAUAUUCGUUUAGUUAGGGCACCAUCCGACAGCGAAGGAGAAGAAGCAAGCGAUAAUAAAGAUAACAUUCUCAUCAGUCAGCUAUCCCUCGUUGAUUUGGCCGGAAGUGAGCGAUAUUGCAGAACUCAGGCAACAGGAGAUCGUCUCAAAGAGGCUGGAAAUAUCAAUAAUUCACUCAUGAACCUGCGUAAAUGUAUGGAUAUUUUACGUGAAAACCAACAAAAUGGAACAAGCCGAGUAGUUCCAUUUCGAGAUUCAAAAUUGACUCAUUUCCUUAAGAACUAUUUCGAAGGGGAAGGUCGCGUUAGAAUGAUCUUAUGUGUCAAUCCACGCCAAGAGGAUUAUGAUGAGAAUUUUCAUGUUCUCAGUUUCGCAGAACAAGCACAAGAGGUCCAAAUCACUAGGCCGCAGGAAAAGAAAAUUGUUGAUCUCCAAACUCCAGGACGAAACCGGGCCAACGAGCUUUACAAAGAAAGUGUUCGCCAACUCAUAGCAGAAAAUGUGGUUGGAGGAUUGGGUCUACCAAAGACCGAUACUGGAUUCGUCUUCCUCAAUCUACCAAUUCCAAUUUGUCACAUUACCAAGUCAAAUGAGGCUGAGGUUUUGGCCACACUGAAAAAAGCUUUGGAGAUUCGGCUUCAAGGGCAGGAUGAGUUGAGAAAAAGGAUUAACAAUGAGCAAGAAGCAUUCCGUUCCAUGCUCGUGUCCAUGGAACGUGAAAAUGAGACGCUUAAACAUGAGAACGGCACAAUUAAAAUAAAGUUCCAGACUUUGUCAGAGGAAAAAACAAAGAAUGAAACCGUCCUGAGACAAAUGAUGCAAGAAAAGAAUCAGUUACAAGUCAAAUACGACGAACAGGAUAAAGUCAUUCAAAGGAUGGAAGAAGAGUUGGCCGAUCUUCGAAUGCAAUUCCAUCAACGGGAUGUGCAACAUUUUAAAGAGAAACAAUCACUAAAAUCGGAUCUAGAACUUCAACGGGAAUUGGGCGAUUUAAAAAGACAGCGACAGAGUCUACGAGAAGAGAGGAAAAUGAAGGCUGAAUUCAGAGAGAAAGACAAAACUUUGGCUAAAGUUCGUCAACUCGUGAGCAGCGUGGACCUUACAGAGGCUACGAGACGUUCUUCUCGAUCCAGACAUCGAGUAUUGGAAGAGAGUUUGUCGUCUACUAGCUCAGAACCCGAUAUGACGGCAGUAACGAGAGCUCGUAAUAGUGGAGUAAGGACUAGAACACCAUCCGCUCCCCCAAGUGGGCCUAGCAUUGCACAGACUCGAAAGGCUUUGGGUAUUCCAAACACUCAUCGCCCCCGAGCACGCUCUACAGAUCAAGACAUUUGGAUAGAACAUGUCACCGGUCUCGCUACCAAGGAAGGAACUGUAAUGCAACCUUGCAUGAAGAAAAAGAAAUCAGUCACAAAAUUGACAAAUGUCGAAGAUAUUUCAAGCAAAGCGUCAAAAUACUGUUUGAGAACUGCAGAGCAAGAUUCAGAGGGUGAAAUCGAAACCAGACUUUAUAAGGGCGACGUUAUGGGGACGGUGGGCGGCGGUGCACAAGUCGUCUUUAAUGAUGUAGAAGUUCUCCGUCAAGAGUCACCCAUUUCUCCCAAGAAACGCCGUUCUUCCGCCCUUGUUCAGGUAGGAAUCUCGACCUCUUCCCCAUUUAGGAAUCGCUCCAUCCAUUACGAUGAAAAUGCAGAAGAUAUUGCAGACCGAUGCAGACAAGGAGUCGGUUCGACCAUGCUGAACAAGCGGGCGCGUCCCACGUAAAGAAAUAAUAGCAAGAUAAGAACCAUUGGACGAGACAUUAAAAUUACGAAACUCCAACAAGUGUACUUAAGCUCUAUCCACAUAUCAUAUUUACAACAUAUCUACUGUACAAUACUAAUAAUUGUCGAAACUGUAGCAUUUAUUUAUAUGCUAAAUUUAUUGUAUUUUAAUACUUAUCACAUGUGCUAUUUUAUUUAUAUGAUGUACUGUUGAUUUCUAUGUAGGAGACUAUUAAGGAAGACAUGUACUAAAUGCAAUUUUUGCUUCCUCUGUAUACGUCUGUGUCCCUCGAUAAUUCUAUUGUCUUUCUUUUUGCAUGUUUUAUUUUAUAUGGAUCGUUUAAAUUACGCUUAAAUUUUUCAUUUAUGGAAACGCCAAAAGGUAUGACGUAUAACAGAAAGUAUAAAUAUUUAAAUUUGAGUAGGAUAUUUUUGCUAAGAUGUUGAUUACGAAACGAUAAUAAUGCUUUAUAGAAAUAAUUACGGAGGGGUGAAUUUUUAAGCCCAGAUUUUUGUAACAAUUUCAUUUAAGGAAAAGGUCAAUGUAAUAAACUACCAGUAAAAAAUGUUGCGAUUCAACA